CUACCCGAAACCACACCACCUUAGAUUAAAAAAAUAAAUUAACAAAAAUAUCCAAAGUAGAAGUAAUCAAAAGAAUAUAAACAAAAUAAUCACGGAAAGAAGAUCCAAAGUACCAAAAGUAAGACCGACAAUAAUUUCAUUUUUCAAAAACCACCUAUUUCACUCUUUUUUCUCUGUGUCUCUGCAUUUUUCAUCUCCAUAGGCAAUUAUUUAUUCCCCAUUGUCAUCUCUUAACGGUCUUCAAAGCAUUUAAGGUUUAUCUCAUAUUUUUUUUCCCCCAGCCCCAUGUUUCUUCUCCUGGUGUCAUUUUGAGCAGCAAAAAAAGUUGCUUCAUCUUCAUGAUCAUAGCAAUGGGAACUUCAAAUACAAGGCUAAACGAACAGCUUUAUCCUCUAGUUGUUGGUCCACCACCAGCAACAGUGGCUAAACCAGAUGCUCAUAGAUCCAUAGAAACACUGGUUGUGGUGUUGGCAGUGAUCACUAUUGUUGGUGUCAUUGCAGGGAUCAUAGCUCGUUUAUGUGGUGGGAGACAUCUUGGUGGAAAUGGAGAGCAUGAUAUAGAAGGUUGGGUUGAGAGGAAGUGUAGAAGUUGCAUUGAUGGUGGUGUUCCAGCUCCAGCUCCUCCUCCUCCCGCUUCUGAAGAUUCAAAACCAGCAGAAGCAGAACAAGCAAAGAAGUAAAACAUAUAUAUAUAUAUAUAUAUAUAUGAACAUGGAUGAUCAUGAGGAUGAUAUAAUAUGGUAGAGGCCAGUGUGUAGCAAACAAGUAGAGCUUUUAGUCCAAAUUAUCUAUAAGAAUGCUUUUGCACAGCAGAGUAAAGCUGAAGUCUUAUAUAUGUGCUUUGCAGGUAGGAUUUAUAUAAAUUUUUAAGUUUCGAUCAAAGUAGAGAUUUACGGUGUAAACUAAUUUUAAAUGUUCCCUCUAUUUCUCAAAUGAACUAGUAAUCAUUAAAUAUUUUCAAUAUUUCUUUCUUUUA